AUGGCCUCAGCCCGCCGCCUCAACAGAGCCUGCCUACUGCUUGUCUACACGGGCCUACUGGCCAUCGCCGCGGGCCUGGACCUCCUGGACUCCGCUGCGCCCACGGGGAGCAGCGCCCGCGAGGAGCCGCCGCCCGGAAACGAGCUGCCGGUGGACCACGGGGACAGCCGCACCGGGCCUGCCGGCCAGCCGCCGGGGCCUCUCCCAGACCAAGUUCAUAGCAUCGACCCACGGGAUGCCUGGAUGCUUUUCAUCAGGCAGAGCAACAAGGGUGUCAAUGGCAAGAGGAGGGGCAGGACCAAGGCCAAGAAACUGAAGUUUGGCCUGCCAGGGCCCCCUGGGCCUCCUGGCCCCCAGGGCCCCCCAGGCCCCAUCAUCCCACCUGAGGCUCUACUGAAGGAGUUCCGGCUGCUGCUGAAAGGCGCAGUGCGGCAGCGCCAGCGCCAGCGCGAGGAGCUGGAGCCCUGCAGCGUCAGCGGGCUGGCACCCUCGAGCCUGGUCUCAGGCCCCGCGACCGCCGGGGACGACGACCAAGAUGACGACGAGGAGGCGGACAGCAUGCUGGCGCUGCUGGCUGCGCACUUGGCCCCGGGCCAGCGGGCGCCACGCGUGGAGGCCGCCUUCCACUGUCGCCUGCGCCGGGACGCGUCGGUGGCACGGCGCGCGCUGCAGGAGCUCGGCGUGUACUACUUGCCUGAUGCUGACGGCGCCUUCCACCGGGGCCUGGGCCUGAACCUGACCAGCGGCCAGUACACGGCGCCGGUGACCGGCUUCUAUGCGCUUGCCGCCACGCUGCACGUGGCGCUCGCGGAGCAGCCGAGGCGAGGGCCACCGCGCCCCCGUGACCGCCUGCGCGUGCUCAUCUGCAUCCAGUCCCGGUGCCAGCGCAACGUCUCCCUGGAAGCUGUCCUGGGCAUGGAGAGCAGCAGCGAGCUCUUCACCAUCUCAGUGAAUGGCAUCCUCUAUCUGCAGAUGGGGCAGUACACCUCUGUCUUCCUGGACAACGCCAGUGGCUCCUCUCUCACGGUGCGCAGCGGCUCCCACUUCAGUGCUGUCCUCCUGGGCGUGUGA